AGGGAAAUCCUUUUGGAUGAGUUUACUCAAUAUAUGAAACUCUGAGGUCUCAAGUGGUGUUCAUGAGGUAGUUCCCUAUACCUAUGAUGGCAGUAGGAGGAGUUGAUGUAGAUUGGACUGAUAAAUUGAGUGAGAGCCAGCGAGAACAAUAUGAGGAAAUAGAAGCCCUACAGUCAAUACUCAUAGACCCUGGACAGUUCAAACUUCUAUCAUCACCAAAAGAUGGCCCUGAGGUGCUGUUUUCUAUGCAGUUGAAUGUGUGUGUGAAGACUAAAGAUGGAGGUAUGAGUGUUGAGGCCUGGGUACCAUAUGAACAUGACAUAGCCCAGGCAGAGCAUGCUGUAGCUGCAAUACCAUCAAACACACGACCACAGUUUGCCAGGUCCGACUCUGGGAGACAUUGGCACUCUUCAUUCCACGUACAACAUCUGACACCAUUGUGCCUUCAAGUGACCUUGCCCCAAGGUUACCCAAAUGAUGCUGCACCAAUCUUCACUCUCUCUUGUCUCUGGUUAGAUUCCUCACAGUUAACAGUACUCUGCCAACAGUUAGAUAGGCUCUGGGAAGGACUAGCUACUAUGCCAAUAAUAUACACCUGGAUAGACUGGUUAGAACAUAGCGCACUUGAAUUCUUAGCACUCACUGAAUCAGUUAUCUUGACUCCAUAUUUGGAUGCUGACUCUGCUUGGAUGGGCAACCGGGAUCCCAGAGCUUUACCUGAAUGUGUGGACUUAGACGUUUCCCUCAAUGCUAUGCUUCAGCACCACAUGCAAAGAGACCGGCAAGAAUUCUUGAAAAACAACCAUGAGUGUGGAAUAUGCUUUGAUGAGAAACCUGGGCGUGAAUUUUUUCGUAUCAGUGAUUGUCACCAUCAUUUUUGUAGAGAAUGUAUGACUGAUUAUUGUAACCUCCAUGUAGGGGAAGGGACUGUGCAACAAUUACAUUGUCCAGACAAUGACUGUAAGUUUGCCCUUCCUCCAGUCAUCAUUGAGGCUGUUUUAGGAAAUGAUGAAUUUCAGCGCUGGGAAAGAUUAUUGCUCCAGAAGGCCCUUGACACGAUGGGUGACAUCACAUGGUGCCCACGCUGCAAUAAUGCAGUUAUUAAGGAAUCAGAGGAGAGUCUUAAGUUAGCUCAUUGCACCACGUGUAUGUACUCAUUUUGUACAGAUUGUGAUGACCCGUGGCACCAAGGACAGCCUUGCAAGGAUCUUGAGGGGCAGUUGAAGGAACUUAAAGACAACACAAAAACAAAGACCUCUUCAUCUAACGAGCAGAAACGAUUAAAUAUGAUAGCUUACCUUUCAAAACAAACAUUGAAAAAAAUCAGCAAACCAUGUCCAAAAUGUAAAGUCCCCAUUCAGAAAAACCUUGGAUGUAGCCUUAUUCAUUGUACCAAUUGUGGGGCCAAGAUGUGUUAUAUAUGUGGCAAGAAUAUAUCACAAAAAAGCUAUGAGCAUUUUGGGCAGAGCUGCCAACUUUUCACUGGGGAUGCCUACAAUAUAGUUGCAGCUCCUCCAAUACAACAGCAUAACGAGAGAGAUCUAGAAAUCAGGGAACAGCUUCAAAAUGACCCAGAUGCUCAACAACGUAUGAAACUUUGCCCUAAGUGCAAGCAAAGAAACCUGAAGGAAAAGCGCAAUAACCACAUAAAGUGCUGGCAAUGUAAUAGCAACUUCUGUUAUAUGUGUAAGACUGUCAUCCAGGGUAAGAUAGUAGAACAUUUCAUGAAUCCACUUAACACCUGUCAGCAGCAUAGUGAUGAUUAACUGUUAACAUAAUGUAUAGUGUUUAUAAAUUGUUACCAUUAUGUAUGCUAAUAACAGUGAUAAUUAACUGUCAUCAUGAUAUAUAAAAAUUGAAAAAAUAGCAUAGUGAUGUAUAGUCACUACUGAUAACAAGGUGAUGACUUAAUGUCACCAUUAUGUAAAGUAAAAGUAAAAGAUUGAUAAACCUUCAUUAUAAUGUAUAUUGGUAGCAUAGUAAUGAUUGUCACAAUAAUUUAAGGUGAAAGCAAAGUGAUGAUAAACUGUGGCUUAAUGUCACCAUUAUGUAAAGUAAAAGAUUGAUAAACCUUCAUUAUAAUGUAUAUUAGUAGCAUAGUAAUGAUUGUCACAAUAAUUUAAGGUGAAAGCAAAGUGAUGAUAAACUGUGACCAAAUGUAUGAUCAUAACAUUGUGGUGAUUAACUGUCAGCAUAAUAAAAAAUGAAAAAAUAGCCCAGUAACUGAGUAAUGUCUAGUCAAAGAAAAAGUGCUGAUUAACUGUCACCAUAAUGUAUAGUGCUACAGCGAUGGUAUUAAGUUGUUAUAAUUAUGUACAAUGAUAACAAAGUGAUGGUAAAUUGUUACUGAUAUGUUUGAUUAACUAUCACCAUAAGGUUCUGUUGUAACACAGUGGUAUUAAAUUGUAACCAUAAUUUAUGUUGAUAAUAUAGUGAUGAUCAAUUGUCACAAUAAUUUAAAGUGAUAACAUAGUGACGAUUUAAUGUAAUCAUUAUGUACUGUAAUUGAUAGCGUAGAGAUGGGUCACUGUCACCAUAAUA